AUGCGAAUCCUCCUCUCCAGGGGGCUGGCCAGCUCUCUCCUGCUGCUGGCCAGCGCAGCCGCCGCCACGACACUACCCAUCACGGACACGGCCAUGGCAGCCCCCAUCACAGACACGGCCAUGGCAGUCCUCCUCGCAGGCGACGGGGUGGACCUUGCGCUAGCAGCCGCGCCCAUGUGGCUGUUCAGCGAGGCGCUCAGGCAAGUGCCAUGCUACCCGACGCACGCGACAGACGCGGACGGGCAGCAAACACCGUCGGCGGCGCUGUGCAGCUACCCCAAGACGGGGUGCAACUGCCGCAACCCGGGGGUGCUGCGCAACCACGCCGGGCCGCCGUUUCCCAUCUACUAUUCGGUGCGCCGGUGCGAUCUGGCCGAGGUGCGCGUCGCGUACAACAUCUUCUUCGAGAAGGACGGCUGCUCGCCCGACGUUCUAGGCGGCCACCGCUACGACUGGGAGCGCGUCAUCGUCGUCUGGCAGCGCGCCGGUGGCAACGCGACUGCUGUCGCCGCGAAGAACAGAGACAAGUGGGCGCCCGCCCGCCUGCUGCUCGGCCAGCACGCCGGCUACGAGAGCGUCGCCUGGGGGAGCAUUGAGAAUACCUUCCACAAGGCCGACGCUGGCAGGCCGCGUGGCGGGCCCAACGGGCGGACUGGCCGCGAACACGCCAAGGUGUAUGUCAGCUGGUCCAAGCACGCUACCUACCACACGCGCCGCACCGGCUGGAUCGACCCGCUGUCGCAGCUGACGUGGAACGCGUAUCGCGGUGAGGACUGGUGGUAUUUUCCCGAGAAGGGCGACUAUCUGCAAGCCGACGCAUCGACGCCGCUUGGUGCCACCAUUGCCGGCUUCGACUGGGGCCAUGCCGAUAGCUUCCCGGCUCGGGUGCACGAGAAGUUGUGCAAGCUUUCUAGCGAGACUACUGUUGGAAUCACCAGGUACCGGUACUGGAAACAACAGGGCAUGCUGCACGCCGAAAGCUGGUGGUUCAAGUGA